UGCGAGCGCACCGGGUAGGCGCGCUCCCGCGAUUAACAAUAUGAAUAGCAUGGACUUUGUACUUUCUCAUUUCUUGAAAUUCACUUUAAAACAGCGUGUGAAGAUGAAGUAGACCUAUGAAUGUACGAAAUCUGGAGAAUAUAUUCAUUCUAACACACGUGCAGCUCCGUCCAAAACUUAAAUGUCUCUAACUACAUUGUGCCACCUCAGACAUCAGAUGUCAUUACAAAGAUGGAGAGCAGCAAUGGACACCUAUUUGACUCUGAACAGAGGUCAGUUCCGUUACACAAAAUCUACAAUCUACACGCCAGUCUAUAAAAAUCCACUAACAAUCGAAAACUCAAGAAGAAAAUACAGUGUCAAAUCAAAUCAGAGAUCACUCUCACAAAUAAACCACGCUUUAAAGGCCAAUGAAUACAGUUUAAAAGCAAAUGCUUAUGAUGGACGGUAUAAUGGGGCAGUAAAAGGGUUUGACAGUAAUAUUUUACCUUCAAACUCUCCAAGCGAAGACAGACGAAGUGCUGCAACAUGCCUGCAGAGCCGCGGCAUGCUCUUCGGAGUCUUCGAUGGCCAUGCAGGGUCUGCUUGUGCACAAGCUGUUAGUGAACGCCUGUUUUACUACAUAGCCUUGUCUUUGCUUCCAUCGAGGACUUUAAUGGAGAUAGAGGCGGCUGUGGAGAGAGAACGGCCUGUGCUUCCAGUGCUACAGUGGCACAAACAUCCCAAUGACUACGUGAGCACAGAUUCUGGCAAACUUUACUUCAGUAGUCUGAGGACAUACUGGCAGGAGAGGAUAGAUCUUCAAGAGGAUGAGGAUUAUGAUACACAAGGGGCUUUGAGAAAUGCUUUCAAGAGAUUGGAUAAUGAUAUUUCCUUGGAGGCUCAAGCGGAUAUUGGGGUUGCUUUAGCUCAUUUCACCCCUUUAAGAGUGGCUCUGUCUGGAUGCACAGCUUGUGUGGCUUAUGUGGAUCAGGAUGACCUUUAUAUUGCCAAUCUGGGUGAUAGUAGAGCAGUGCUCGGGGUCCAAGAGGAUGAUGGGAGGUGGUCAGCUUUUACCAUUACAAACGACCAUAAUGCUCAAAACAAAGAGGAGAUGCAACGGGUUCUUUCAGAGCAUCCGGCCUGUGAGAGGAAGACAGUGGUGAAACAUGACAGGCUAUUGGGCCUGUUGAUUCCUUUCAGGGCUUUUGGAGAUAUGAAGUUCAAGUGGAGCGGUGAGCUCUUGAAUCGCAUCUACGAGGCACGUCCUGAGCUGCUCAUUGGCAAUGAAAAUGCAAAAAUGCUGCCAGCAAACUACCACACACCCCCUUACCUCACCGCAGAGCCUGAAAUCACACAUCACAAAUUACGACCUCAAGACAAGUUCUUGAUUCUGGCUACUGAUGGUCUCUGGGAGCUGAUGCACAGGCAGACUGUUGUGGAGAUUUUAGGAGAACACUUGUCUGGGAUUGAGUGGAAGAAGCCGGUUUCUGGGAUGUAUUUUACAGUGGGACAGAUGCACAGACUGCUGCAGGAAAGGAAGAGAAGAGCUCUUUCUGCUCUGGAGGAUGAGAACGGUGCUACUCAUCUGAUCCGUCACACUCUGGGCAGCGACAGCUCCGGCACGAUUGAACACAAUCGUAUUGCCAAAAUGCUCAGUCUCCCAGAGGAUUUGGCAAGAAUGUACAGAGAUGAUAUAACAAUUAUAGUGAUACACUUUAAUAGUUCUGCUUGAAGCUUAUUAUCUUGUUUUCAGAUGGAAAAAAAGGGCAUUUUGCAGCUUCAAAAUG